GUCGGAAUUGGAACCAGCAUCAGUACGACUCGCGUCUGGGUUGUGACUGUAUCGUAUCCAUUGUGGUCGCACUCUGUUUUGAAGUAGACAUACAGUGUACACACAGCAAGGCAAUUGUGGUGAUCAGAUACUUUGGGAUGUCACGUCAGCUGAUCAUGAUGAUAAUCUUGAUGUCAACUUUUUCGACAGUUUACACAGAAGUAAGAAGAAUAAAUUUUUCUGAAAUCGGUGCUACCGCUCUAUUUCAUCCCAACCCAAGAAUUCUCGAUUACCACACACAAACCGCUGAGGAUAUAAUCGGUCAUCAUCAUGCCAACGUCAACUGUUCAAUGUCAGACCAUGUCACAUCUACAGCUCAUACAGACCUACAACAGACAGAUGGAAAACACUUAACAAUAGAUCUCCGAUCACAAUGGUCUAUUGAGACAGUAAAAUUACACUUUUUCACCAACAUGUUGGACACACCAGGAAGUCAUUGGCAGACUGGGAUUACAGUGUACACCGGAAACAGUGAAGAAAUAGCCGACAUGCAUAGCUGCGGUAUACUUGAAGACAACGGCAAAGACGAGCAUCACUCAGCUACAUUCUAUUGUGCCUCACUUCAUGACAAUCAGUACAUUUCUGUGUAUCACAAUUCUACACUAACAACUACCAAGGGUAGCAGAUAUCCACAGCUAUGCGGAGUGGAAGUAUUUGGAGAAUGUUUGCCAUGUCGACGUCCUCCGGACACUGCGACUGUAAAAUUCCUUGAAAAAUGGUUCAAUACGGAGUUUGUAUGUGGCAGUCGAUUGAUUGCGUCUUGUAAGCCGGGGUUUUGUGGUCAAGAGCGAAUGUUCACAUGUCGUAACGGCACAUGGAAUGGAAUGUUGCCUCAGUGUGAAGUACCGAGUUGCAGUCAAUUGCCUGUGCCAUCUAACGGCUGGUUGUCUUCAACCAAUGGAAAUAUGCUGGGAAGCGUUGUCACCCUACACUGCUUACCCGGAUUCUCAGCGAUCGCAUCGCAAGGAAAUGUAGCACAGUGUGUCAUGCAAGACAGACUAUUCAAGCCACAGUGGAGUGCAGCACUCACAUUCUGUAGUAAAGACAUAUCACUCUGUGAGUGUCCAAAUUCACCAAGAAAUGGGAAAAUUAUCUGUCCCUACUUGAUUGAUAUCAAUAGCAUUGCUGUUUACGUUUGUCACGUUGGUUAUCAGUUGAGUACCGUUCAUAAUCAUGUGCUCUGUAAGCAAGACGGAAAUUGGUCGAAUGAAACACCUCGCUGUCACCCUGUAACGUGUAGCACUAGUCUGGUGAUCAGUAACGGUAAACUUGUGGUAAGAAACAAUACGUACGGCAGCAGAGCCGAGAUCCAGUGCAAGGACGGGUACGAGAGAAUUGGAAGCAGACACAUGGUGUGUGGUAAAGACGAAAGGUGGACUGCAACCGGUCUGGCACCCGUUUGCAAACGUGUAGACCCUGGAAACUGCCCGAUGCUUGAAGAUCCCGUAAAUGGUCGAGUUGUGUAUUCUAGUACGGUUGUUGGAUCUCAGGCGCAGUAUUACUGCAACUUGGGAUAUGAACUCUUGUCAGACAGAGAAACUACAAGGACGUGUGUUUCGGUGCGUACUACAGACCGUGCAGUCUGGACGAGUGACAUACCACUAUGCAGAGCGAAAUUGUGUCCGGCACUGGAUGUACCGGUGAAUGGUGAAGUGAAGGGAGAUAGUUUCCGAUACAAUCGCACAGUUGAGUAUAAGUGUAACCAUGGAUACGAGCUUGUGUACGGUGACCGAUCAAGAAGGUGCACUGCAUCGGGUCAGUGGACUGGAGUGGCACCCAGAUGCAAACAUGUCUGUGCUAUCAUUGGUCAUUCGUGUGGUUCGUCUCAGGAAUGCAUUGUGGAUCAAGACGGUCGAGCAGGUUGCAAUUGUGUUGUCAACUCACGCUGCCCUUCCUGGUAUGAACCAGUAUGUGGAAACGAUGGAAAGACGUACUCAAACCGAUGCUUGAUGGCACUAGCUGGAUGCAGAGAAUAUAAUGACUCGCUUCAAGAAGCAGCUCAAAGUGGUUGCCAAUUUGGUGCGAAUUGUUACUCCGAGAGACCGCAGGCUCCACCUGGUGUCAACUGUCGUCUGUUCCACGCUCGAUUCUGGUUCAACUCGACUGCAGGAAGAUGCGAGAAGUACUUCCACGGAGAGUGUUACGGACAAAGAAAUAGCUUCUAUACUAUUGAAGACUGUCAGUCAACUUGUACUAAAGCGAAUAUUUGUCAACAACCGAGAGACGAUGGCCGCUGCCUUGUUCCCUCUUCGAGAUUCUAUUACAACCUGGCGACAGGACGGUGUGAAGGUUUCCAAUACAACGGUUGCUUUGGCAACGAGAACAACUUCAAGACGAUCGAACAGUGUGAGAUGGCUUGUGCUAGAAGCGACUCGCUUUGCUCGUGCUCGUCCAAACUUAAGUUCAUGGAUGCAAAGCAACUGGGCAUGACAGGUGUCGUGCUCAAGGUGACUUCAGACAAAACGACGAAAGACGUGGAUGUGGUCUAUAAGGCAAGACUGGUCUCUGUUUGUUACUUUUCUACUGCCUUGUCAGAAGGAAAACGCAAGGUGUUACGAAAUUCUCUUGGCAAAGCUGUCGUUCGACUUAUUGUUCGUGAGAAGGAUUCAAACGGAUGUUUGUGUCCUUCGUUGGCAAGAGGGAAAUUCUAUAAAAUUGCUGUUCAUGUCGGUCAGACGAAGGAGGACUACAUCACUUUGACACUUCCCAGCAAGUUCUUUGUGAAAGAGACUGAUGCUUGCUGAUUGUUGCAAUUGUUGACUUGGAGAUUGGCUAUGAUUUCAUGACGGAUGUAGCUACUGGACGAGUGUAAUGUACGCUAUAGGUAGCUACCGUAAACGAUUUGCAAAUUAUUAACAAAAAAUAUGAAAAGUUGGUGUGAUUCCUAGACCUAA